AUGGAAGAAUUUUGUGCAAUUCAAGACAGAAAAAUCAGGGAUUUGGAACGCAACUGGAAAGACUUCAUUUUGGCCAAAGAGGAGUUUGUUGUAACUGUGAAAUUGAACGAGAAGAAGCUGAACGAGCAAGAGAAGAUGUGGGAACGUCGCGAAAUAGAAUUUGAGCAUAAGCAGCUGGAGAAUAAACUUGAACUCCAGGAGCUAUCGUCUAAUUUACUCAAGGAAGGACUCCAAUUAAGGGAGAGAAAUAGGCAACUGUCAGAAGAACUUGAUUCUAUGAAGAAGAAACUGGAUUUGGUUAACGGUGAGCUUGAACAAGAAAAGGAAAAAAACCAAACAGAACAAGGAUUAUUCAAGAAAAGAAUGAAAGAUAUAUCACUUAAUGAAACACAGGUUGAGGUAAUGGAAGAUCGGUUCAAAUUUCAAGUGCUUGAGGAAACAAAGAAUCAACUGAAAACUAUUGGUAAUGCCCCUGAAAAGACUGAGGCUAUUGACAAUGUCGAAGUGGAUAGAUUUUAUACGACCUCUACUGAUUCUGCUGAUAUAAAACUUGUUCUGACAAUGACUGGGAAGGCUUUACAGAUAUUCUUAAAUGAGCACGAGAAGAAGCCAGAUUCAAUGUCUGAUGAUGUUUUUAGGUCCCUUCAUUCGUCUCCCAACCCUGCAAUGUUGGUGCUUGAUGCAAUGGAAGGGUUCUAUCCUCCCCACUUGACGAUGAUGAAGGGAGAUACAGAGUUUGAGGGCACUGUUGUCAGGAAGACCUGCAUUCUUCUGUUAGAGCAGUUAAUUAGAUUCUCACCGAAGAUUCAACCUACUGUCCGUAAGAGAGCAAUGGAACUAGCAAGAAAUAUGGUAAAAGGAUCAGGUCUUGUACUUAAUCAGAUGGAUAUUGAUGAUCAAUUAGAUUUUGUCUUGGCAAUCUCAUGCACAUAG